CCUGCGCUCUCAGCUCCGCACUGCCUCCAUCAGAGCUGUUGGCUGUUUGUUGUGAUCGGAGGAAGGCAUCAAAUAGUCCCGGAAAACAACAUCGACAGUAAUAAAGCAUGGAAGAAGAGAGCAGGAGGAAGAUGAAGGAGAAAUUUGGCCUGAGGCGGGACAUCUCCAAGGAGUUCCUGGCGGAGUUUCUGGGGAUUUUUGUCCUGAUCCUCUUUGGAUGCGGUUCAGUGGCCCAGACGGUGCUGAGUAAAGGGGCUCUGGGAGAGCCGCUCACCAUCCACGUCGGUUUCACCCUGGGAGUCAUGAUGGCCGUCUACAUGGCGGGGGGAGUGUCAGGAGCCCAUGUGAACCCGGCUGUGUCUUUGGCCAUGGUGAUUCUGGGGAAGCUGCCUCUGAAGAAGUUCCCCGUCUACGUGGUGGCGCAGUUCCUCGGAGCAUUCGCCGGUUCCUGUGUCGUCUUUGGGUUGUAUUACGAUGCUUUGAUGGACUACACCGGUGGAGAUCUUGCAGUUACUGGUGAAAAUGCAACAGCCAACAUAUUUGCAUCUUAUCCUGCAAAACAUCUGUCGGUGCUAAACGGGUUUGUUGACCAGGUUAUUGCCACUGGAGCGCUGGUCCUGUGCAUCCUGGCCAUCACUGACAGGAAGAACAUCGGCGCCCCAAAAGGGAUGGAGCCGCUCUGCAUCGGCCUGACCAUCAUGGCCAUCGGCGUCUCCAUGGGUCUGAACUGCGGCUAUCCCAUAAACCCGGCUCGAGAUCUCGGCCCGAGGCUCUUCACCGCUGUGGCUGGCUGGGGCAUGGAGGUGUUCAGAGCUGGAGGCUGCUGGUGGUGGAUCCCUGUGGCCGGGCCCAUGGUGGGCGGAGCGGUCGGAGCCGGGAUUUACUUUCUCUUCAUCGACUUGCACCAACCUGAGCCGCAGAAACAGGACGACAACAAUGUUCAGGACAAAUACGAAAUCAUUACCAUGACUUAAAGGGAGUCAAAGGAAACAAACUGAGCAUCAAUUUCUUAAUAAAAGCAGGAAAGAAAUAUCCAAAAUAUUUUUCACUAGUUGGAGUCAUGACUCUCAUUAAUGACAAAAUGAUGCACAUCCCAGGUUUUUUUGUUUUUUUUAAAGUAAUUGGCUAAAAUAUAUUUUCCUGCUGAACUUUUUGUAUUUGGAUAAACAAUAGCCAUGCAAUAUAAACACAAAAUUUAGUAGUGAAAUGUGAACAUUUAGUGUGAAAAUUUAGCUUUUUACACUUUUUCAUGAACUUUCUUGUGGGGAAGAAGAGUGACUUUCUUCUUUUUUACUUCUGCAUGCUUGUAAAAAUGUGCUUUGGUUUGAAGUAUUAGAGCUUUUAUACAAUUUACAGACAAUCCAGCCUUAAAUAAUUUGCGUAGUAUUACUUAAUGUUUAACAUAGUGUCAUUGUAUUGCUUUACAGAUCCAGGGUACAUUUCUAUUUCAGGCCAUCAUUGCAUGUAUCUUACCUGAUUGGGAAGAGGAUGUGGAUUUAGGGUCUGAUUUACUGAAGUCAGCAGGUUUAAAAUCACUGAUUGAACAACGACAAGAGCAGGAACACCGUUUGAAAGAGUAAAAACAGGAAAUAAAUUUGUGUUUCUUGAUGAAAAUGUGAUAUAAAGACUGCUACAACAAACCUGAGCAUGAAUUUGUUAUACCAGAAAGCACUUAGUGUGGUUUUACAGCAGCCCUGAGGUUGGCUAAUGCACAACAGCAUUUAAUUUUAAGAGUUUGUUCUGACUUCAGAUCACGACUUAGAUUUUCUUUCUUAAAGCACAUUAAAUAUUUCCAUAUUUGGUCUGCUUAUUGUAAAGAAAUUUAAAGUUUGGGGUCUUUAAAGAAGUGGAGUAUAUUCCUUUUUAAUUACCUCAGUGAAACAUUGUUUUUAAUUCACCGCAUCUUUGCUUGAACUUUGUGUUAGAUAACUGAUUUGGACCAUGUGCAAGUUUCAUUGUCUUGUAAACAGGAGAAGGAAAAACAGGAAGUAAAGUUUGUUGUGAACAAAAAUAUGUGGCAUGUUAAUAGAAGUUUUGUAGACGAUCUGUGCAGAAUAAAAAGUUAUUUUUUCACUUAAA